CCACCACAACCACCACUACCACCACUAACACCACCUCCACCACAACCACCACUACCACCACUAACACCACCUCCACCACAACCACCACUACCACCACUAACACCACCACCACCACAGCCACCACUACCACCACUAACACCACCUCCACCACAACCACCACUACCACCACUAACACCGCCUCCGCCACAGCCACCACCACCACAACCACCACUACCACCACUACCACCACCUCCACCACAACCACCACUACCACCACUAACACCACCUCCACCACAGCCACCACUACCACCACGAACACCACCACCACCACAACCACCACAACCACCUCUACCACCACUAACACCACCUCCACCACAACCACCACUACCACCACUAACACCACCACCACCACAACCACCACUACCACCACUAACACCACCUCCACCACAACCACCACUACCACCACUAACACCACCACCACCACAACCACCACUACCACCACUAACACCACCUCCACCACAACCACCACUACCACCACUAACACCACCUCCACCACAGCCACCACUACCACCACUAACACCACCUCCACCACAGCCACCACUACCACCACCACCACUAACACCACCUCCACCACAGCCACCACUACCACCACCACCACUACCACCACUAACACCACCUCCACCACAGCCACCACCACCACCACAGCCACCACUACCACCACUAACACCACCUCCACCACAGCCACCACUACCACCACUAACACCACCUCCACCACAGCCACCACUACCACCACCACCACCACCACUAACACCACCUCCACCACCACUAACACCACCUCCACCACAGCCACCACCACCACCACCACCACUAACACCACUAACACCACCUCCACCACAGCCACCACCACCACAACCACCACUACCACCACUAACACCACCUCCACCACAACCACCACUACCACCACUAACACCGCCUCCACCACAGCCACCACCACCACAACCACCACUACCACCACUAACACCACCUCCACCACAGCCACCACCACCACAACCACCACUACCACCACUAACACCACCUCCACCACAGCCACCACUACCACCACCACCACCAACACCACUAACACCGCCUCCACCACAGCCACCACCACCACAACCACCACUAACACCACUAACACCACCUCCACCACAGCCACCACCACCACCACCACCACCAACACCAACACCACUAACACCACCUCCACCACAGCCACCACUACCACCACCACCAACAACACCAACACCAACACCACUAACACCACCUCCACCACAGCCACCACUACCACCGCCACCACCACCACCACCACCACUAACACCACCUCCACCACAGCCACCACCACCACCACCACCACUAACACCACCUCCACCACCACUAACACCACCUCCACCACAGCCACCACUACCACCGCCACCACCACUAACACCACCUCCACCACCACUAACACCACCUCCACCACAGCCACCACCACCACCACCACCCCCUCCUCCUCCUCCUCCUCCUCCUCCUCCUCCUUCUCCUCUUCCUCCUCCUUCCCCUCCUCCUCCUCCUCCUUCUCCUUCUCCUCCUCCUCCUCCUCCUCCUCCUCCUCCUCCUCCUCCUCUUCCUUCGCUUCCUCCUCCUCCUCCUCCUCCUCCUCCUCCUCCUCCUCCUCCUCCUCCUCCUCCUCCUCCUAUUCAUACUCUUCCUCCUCCUCCUCCUCCUCCUCCUCCUCCUCCUCCACCUGUCCUUCCUUCCUUCCCU